AAAUUCAUAAGAGCAUCGCGGGUAAUUUCGAUUAGCAAUGGUGUGAUAACAGUUUAUGUUUUAACUUCAGUGAUAAUUUGAUUCGCAAAUAUUUGUAAUGAUAUUUGAACCUAUAGUUUCAACAAGUGUCAAUUGAAUGAGCUCGUGCCUUAAAUUAGGGAGAAGUGCGACCAGAAGUUUAUUCAAAAUGAAAAUAGUUCAGUUCAAAGCAAACGACAACAAAGUGAGAAUAGGUCUUUUGAGAGACGAUAAGGUGGUUGACGUUAAUGCUAGUGAUAAUUGCAUUCCUCACUCAUUGGUUGAGUUUUUAUAUGAAGAAAAUGCUUCGGAACGAAUGCAACGAAUAUUUGAGAACCCCAAACAGGAAUAUCACCUGAAAAAUAUUCAACUGCUGUCCCCCAUCAUCAAACCGGACAAAAUCUUAGGUCUAGCAUCGAAUUACAAGGAUGACUGCAACAUGCGAAAAGUGCCGCAUCCGAAGGAACCGGUGGUUUUCAGUAAAUUUUCUUCCAUCAUCACUGGACCGUACGACCCUAUUACAAAACCGGCCAGCAGUAAU